AUGGAUUACACCCAGUACCACGCCCUGGGCCACGGCGAGCCCCUCGACCCCAACGAUCCCAACAAGACUUCCGCCCCGGCUGCGCCUCAGUUCCAGACCCCCGUGCCUCCUUCGCCGUAUGCCCCCCAAGGCGCUUAUGGCGCUCCUCAGUACGGCCACCAAGCUCCCAUGGCCAUGCCGCCUCCGUCCACUCCCGGCUACGGCCCGCCGCAGGGCCAAAGCUAUCCCGGGUCUCCGAUGCCGUCGCAAGAUGCUGGCCUGGCGGCGCAGUUUGGGGGGAUGAACCUGGCGGCGGAUGCGGGAGGUGCUGCCGCAAGGAAGAAGAAGAAGGACAGGCAUGCGUACCAUAGCGUGGAGCCGACUGGCUCGUCACAAGCCUUCAAUGGCAUGCCGCCGGGGACGCCUGCCGAGCAGUUCCUCAAUGUCAACAACCCGCAGGGCAUUCCGGCUCUGGGGCAGUUUGGAAGUCCUCUGGCUAGCCCCCUGGGCACGCCUCAGAUGGCCAAUCCCAGCCAGUUCCCAGCGCCCGCCUCUCCAUUCACCCCCUCGGCCCCCGUAUCGCAAGCCGAAUUCGCAUCGAGGUUUGGCUCUGGCCCCACCGCUGCUGCUACACCUAUAGGCGCAGUUGGUGCCAGCCAAGUCUCAGCAGACGACAUGCCAAGCAUACCAGCUGCCAGGGACUCGAUCCAGGAGCACUUCAAUAAGAACGUAUACCCGACAUUUGAGCGCCAUGUUCCUCCUCCUGCAACAGUUUCGUUUGUUGCUUUCGACCAGGGCAAUGCCUCUCCCAAAUAUACCCGACUCACACUAAACAACAUCCCAACAACAUCCGAGGGCCUACACGCAACUGGCUUGCCCCUGGGCAUGCUCAUUCAGCCUUUGGCUCCCCUUCAGGCUGGAGAGGCAGAAAUUCCUGUUCUUGACUUUGGAGAGGCCGGCCCGCCACGCUGUCGAAGAUGCCGGGCUUACAUCAACCCUUUUAUGAUGUUCCGAUCGGGCGGCAACAAGUUUGUGUGCAACCUUUGCUCAUACCCCAACGAUACGCCGCCAGAGUAUUUCUGCGCCAUCAGCCCUCAAGGAGUGCGCCUGGAUAGGGAUCAACGUGCGGAACUUCACCGCGGCACAGUUGAGUUCGUUGUUCCCAAGGAGUACUGGACCAGGGAGCCUGUCGGCCUUCGAUGGCUUUUUGUUAUCGAUGUCACCCAGGAGUCGUAUAACAAGGGCUUCAUGGAGACGUUCUGUGAAGGCAUUCUUGCGGCCCUGUAUGGAGGCGAUGACGAAGGAAAAGAUGAAAACAGUGAGCCAAAGCGAAGGAUACCCGAGGGAGCCAAGGUUGGCUUCAUCACAUACGACAAGGACAUUCACUUUUAUAACAUCAACCCGAAUCUGGAUCAGGCGCAUAUGAUGAUCAUGCCCGACUUGGAGGACCCAUUCCUUCCCCUCGGCGAGGGACUCUUCGUCGACCCGUAUGAGUCAAAGGCUGUCAUCACCUCUCUCUUAACCCGCCUUCCCGAGAUGUUUUCCGAUAUCAAAAAUCCCGAGCCCGCCCUGCUUGCUACCCUCAACGCCGCUGUAGCUGCGCUAGAGGCAACGGGAGGUAAAGUGAUAUGCUCUGGCUCGAGCUUAUCAACCUGGGGUCCUGGUCGAUUGUUCAUGCGUGAUGACGGCAACCAUCCUGGCGGCGAGAUGGAUAAGAAGCUGUACACGACAGAGCACCCUGCUUGGAAGAAGGUAUCUGAGAAGAUGGCCUCGUCCGGAAUUGGUGUCGACUUCUUCCUUGCUGCGCCGUCUGGCGGCUACCUGGACAUUGCCACCGUAGGACAUGUUGCUGCCACAACCGGUGGCGAGACCUUUUACUUCCCUAACUUUAUUGCCCCGCGGGAUGGUGCCAAGUUGUCAAUGGAGAUUACGCAUGCCAUUACACGAGAAACGGGCUUCCAAGCAUUGAUGAAGGUCCGCUGCUCAAAUGGGCUGCAAGUGUCAGCGUACCACGGCAACUUUGUUCAGCACACCUUUGGUGCCGACUUGGAAAUCGGCGUCAUCGAUGCAGACAAGGCGUUGGGCGUGUCAUUUAGCUACGACGGCAAACUGGAUCCGAAGCUGGACGCCCACUUCCAGACCGCUCUCCUCUACACAGCAGCUUCCGGGCAGCGACGUGUGCGGUGCUCCAACGUUAUUGCUAGCGUCAGCGAUACCUCUAAAGAGUCCAGCACCAAGGAGCAGGCCAUUCGACAGUGCUUGAAGUUUGUCGACCAAGAUGCCGUUGUUGGGAUUCUGGCAAAGGAAGCCGGCACCAAACUGGCAACUACAUCGAGCAAUCUCCUCGACGUCCGGAACUGGCUGACAGAGCGAACAAUCGACAUCAUGGCCAAUUACAAGAAGCAUUCAGCCAACCAGUUUCCGCCGAGCCAGCUUGUUAUGCCCGAAAGGCUCAAGGAAUUUUGCAUGUAUAUGCUGGGCCUCUUGAAGUGCCGGGCUUUCAAGGGCGGUAUCGAGAAUUCGGAUCGGAGAGUUCAUGAUAUGCGCAUGGUUCGAAGCAUGGGCCCAUUGGAGCUUGAUCUGUAUCUCUAUCCCAGGAUGAUUGCCAUUCACAAUCUCCAACCCGAAGAAGGUUUUGCCGACCCCGAAACUGGCCACCUCAAGAUGCCUCCCACGGUCCGAACGUCAUUCUCACGCGUUGAGGAGGGCGGUGUCUAUCUGGUGGAUAACGGACAGCAGUGCUUGCUCUGGUUCCACGCCCACACAUCGCCAAACUUGAUCACCGACCUCUUUGGUGAGGGCCACGACACGCUCAAGGGCUUAGACCCCUACACGUCGUCACUGCCUGUGCUGGAAACCCAUCUCAGCGCCCAGGUCCGCAACAUUAUUGAGUUCCUAAAGAGCAUGAGGGGAUCAAAGGGUAUGACAAUACAGUUGGCACGCCAAGGAAUUGACGGCGCUGAGUAUGAGUUUGCACGCAUGUUGGUGGAGGAUCGAAACAAUGAGGCGAAGAGCUAUGUCGACUGGCUUGUUCACAUUCACCGGGGAGUCCAGCUCGAGUUGAGCGGACAGCGUAAGAAAGAAGGUGAUGGAGAGGCGACCGCCGUCAUGGCCAACUUUGCGGGACUGAGGCCGGCCUAUUGGUAGAAGCAGUAGGCACUGAGGCCAUGAUCUUUUUAUCGAGCUGUCAUACCAAGCAAGAUAUGCGCUCGUUCCCUCUUCCUCGCUCCAACAGGGUGGGAGAGUCGGUUGGUACAGUAGCUAGCACGGAGAUGCCACUAUAUGCAAGGCGCACGCUUUUGGGUAACAUUGCUACGCAAGAAAGGAAAAAAAAAACAGCGCCGGCACAACGGGUCAUUUGCUAAUUGUCCGAAUCGAGCAUUACAAAAUGAUAUGGAAAUAGAAAACAUAUGUUGAAAACUGCAACACAGUUGUGUAUGUAUGAAUAAGUCAUUAUUUUUUGCGGAU